UUGGUUCGGGGCGGCGGUCGCUGGCCAUGGGGCUCGGGGCGGCAGCCGGGGCCCUGCUGGUGGCACUGGGGGUGCUGGGAGCCCCCCCGGGUGCGGGCGCGGAGCUCUCGGGGGUGUUCCAGCUCCUGCCAACGUACGAGUGUCACUUCAUUAACGGCACGGAGAAGGUGAGGUACGUGCAUAGGUGCGUCUACAAUCGGAAGCAGAACUUGAUGUUCGACAGCGAGGUGGGGCACUACGUGGGCUUCACCCCCUAUGGGGAGAUACGGGCCCGGUACUGGAACAGCAACCCGGUCGUACUGGAUCGCAAAAGGACUGCGGUGGACUGGUUCUGCCGGGGGUGGUACGAGAAGCUUACCCCGUUCAUCACGGAGCGCCGAGUGCCCCCCAGCGUGUCCAUCUCGCUGGUGCCCGCCUCGAGCUCCCAGCCCGGCCCCGGCCGCCUGCUGUGCUCCGUGAUGGAUUUCUACCCCGCUGCCAUCCAGGUGAGGUGGUUCCAGGGCCAGCAGGAGCUGUCGGAGCACGUGGUGGCCACGGACGUGGUGGCCAACGGGGACUGGAGCUACCAGCUGCUGGUGCUGCUGGAAACGCCGCCCCGGCGCGGGCUGAGCUACAGCUGCCAGGUGGAGCACGUCAGCCUGGAGCAGCCGCUGAGGCGGCACUGGGAGAUGGCGCCGGACGCCGGCCGCAGCAAGAUGCUGACGGGCAUCGGGGGCUUGGUCUUGGGCUCGGUCUUCGUGGCGCUGGGGCUCGGCUUCUACGUGCGCAAGAAGAGCUCCUGAGGCGGCGGCGGCCGCAGCCCCUCCCCG